AUGGCAGACAAAGACAGCGUGGAGAAGUACCUGGAGAACAACCCUCAGUUUGCCAAGGAGUACUUUGAUAAGAAGCUUCGGGCCGAGGUGCUCUCCUCCGCUUUCAGCGAUAACUUGGAAAUCAAAGAUCCAGCUUCAUUUACAGAUGCCACCCGGAUUCAGGAGUCUGCUCUAAUCUUCGACCUGAUCAAAGAAGUGCAGACUCCGAACUGCAUGGAGACGUCGAUGUACAGGGUCCUGCAGAGAAUAUGCCUUUUGGUGAACGCCGACAGGUGCAGUUACUUUGUGUGCCGGUCCAGGAACGGAACACCUGAGCUGGCCACCGCUCUCUUCAACGUUACCCCAACUUCCCAUUUCCAGCAGAACUUUGUGGACCCAAACUCUGAGAUUGUGUUCCCUUUGGACAUGGGAAUAGUGGGCUUGACAGCACGUUCAAAAAAGCUACAAAACAUCCCAGAUGUCAAACAGAAUAACCAGUUCAGUGAAUUUGUGGACAGUCAGACAGGGUACACAACGAAAAACAUACUCUCCGCUCCAAUCGUGUUUGAAAAAGAUGCCAUUGGUGUCAUCAUGGCGUUAAACAAAACUGGAUCAAAUGAAUUUUCAAAAAUUGAUGAGGAGAUCUUUGUCAAGUACUUGAAUUUUGCAUCAGUUCUGGCUAUUCAGCAUCAUGUCACAUAUUUGUGGAAUGUGGAAUCCAGGAGAAGUCAGGUGCUGCUCUGGUCAGCCAGCAAGGUGUUUGAAGAACUCACAGAUAUUGAGCGACAGUUUCACAAAGCUUUGUACACAGUGAGAACCUACCUUCAAUGUGAAAGAUAUUCUGUUGGCCUUCUGGACAUGACCAAAGAGAAGGAAUUCUAUGACGAAUGGCCAAUCAAACUUGGAGAUGUAGAACCUUACAGGGGCCCAAAGACCCCAGAUGGCAGAGAAGUGAACUUCUACAAGAUCAUCGAUUACCUUUUGGAGGGAAAGGAGGAGAUUAAAGUCAUCCCGACACCCCCUACUGAUCACUGGGCGAUGGUUAGUGGGCUUCCAACCUAUGUUGCUGAGAACUGCUUUAUCUGUAACAUGAUGAAUGCUUCAGCAGAUGAGUACUUCUCAUUCCAGAAAGAAGCUGUAGAUGAGUCUGGCUGGAAGAUCAAAAAUGUCUUGUCACUUCCCAUUGUCAACAAGAAGGAAGAAAUUGUUGGUGUUGCCACCUUUUUCAACAGAAAAGAUGGCAAGCCUUUCGAUGAGCAUGAUGAACAGAUCACUGAAGCUCUCACACAGUUUUUAGGUUGGUCAGCCCUAAACUGUGACACCUAUGACAAACUCAACAAGUUGGAAAAUAGGAAAGACAUUGCACAGGAAAUGCUAAUGUACCAGACCAAAUGCACCAAUAAACAACUUCAGAGUAUUCUGAACACAAGGGAAAAGUUUGACCAAGAGCCAGAAGACUGUGACCAGAAAGAAAUGUACAAACUCUUGAGAGCAACCAUUCCAGAGGCUAAAGAUGUUGAGUUGCUGGAGUUCCACUUCAGUGACUUCCCAGUGACAGAGCUCGAUCUGAUCAAGUGUGGCAUUCGCUGCUUCUUUGAAUUAAAUGUGGUCGAGAAAUUCAAAGUUCCUGCAGAGGUUCUUACCAGGUGGAUGUACACGGUUCGGAAAGGCUAUCGGGAUAUCACAUACCACAACUGGAGGCAUGGGUUCAAUGUAGGCCAGACAAUGUUCUGUCUCCUACAGACAGGAAAACUGCGAAAAUAUUAUUCAGACCUCGAUGCCUUCGCAAUGGUGGCGGCUGCAUUCUGUCACGACAUUGACCACAGAGGAACCAACAAUUUAUACCAAACAAAGAGCAUAUCUCCACUGGCCAAAUUACAUGGAUCUUCCAUAAUGGAGAGACACCAUCUUGAGUACAGCAAGACAUUAAUGGCUGAUGAGAGCCUCAAUAUCUUCCAGAACCUUCAGAAACGGCAGUUUGAGACAGUGCAACACCUGUUUGACGUCUGUAUUAUUGCCACAGACUUGGCCUUGUACUUCAAAAAGAGGACGAUGUUUCAGAAAAUUGUUGAGGCCACAGAAGUGAUGGCAGAGGAGAAAGACAGAAUCAACCACAUUUCAAACAACCCUAUCAGGAAGGAAAUCAUCAUGGCCAUGAUGAUGACAGGCUGCGAUCUGUCCGCCAUUACCAAACCAUGGGAAGUCCAAAGUAAGGUUGCUCUCAUGGUAGCAGCUGAGUUUUGGGAACAGGGAGAUUUGGAGAGGACAGUUCUGGAUCAGCAGCCUAUUCCCAUGAUGGACAGGAGCAAGGCAGAUGAGCUUCCCAAGAUGCAGUGUGGUUUUAUUGACUUUGUGUGUUCAUUUGUGUACAAGGAAUUCUCAAGGUUUCACAAAGAGAUUACUCCCAUGUUUGACGGACUGAACAACAACAGGAUGCAUUGGAAGGAGCUGGCUGAAAUUCACCAGGCAAAGGUGGACACCCUAGAACAACAGAAGAAGAACCUGGGAGAGGCCGAGAAGAAUGAUGGUGGAGACACAAAGUCUAAAACCUGCAGCAUCUGCUAG